AUUCAGUCAACAAGCAGCAUCAAGAUCAAAAUGCCGUCGUUGCAAGAGAAAGCUCAGGCAGCUGCUGCGAACGAUCCAUUGGUGUCUGCUACCUCGGGCGCUGUCGGCUCUGCCAUUGCGAACGCUCUCGUCUAUCCGCUCGAUGUCAUUGUCUCUAGGCUACAGACACAGAAUGAGAAGGGUACGUUCGUCGAUGACCCGGCUGCGUACAGCGGGCUGGUCGACGCGCUUGUUAGGAUCUACAAGGAGGAGAGUCUGAGCGCAUUCUUUCUCGGACUGAAGGUGGAUACGCUGUCUGUUGUUUCAUCGACUUUCUUCUAUCACUUUGCUUACACAUAUAUGCGCACUAACCGCCUACAAUCUCGAUCAAAAGUUGUCAGUAAGACUGUGUCCACUCUAGGUCCGGCGGAAGAACUUGCAAUCGGAGCAAUUGCUGGUAUCAUCAGCAGAUUCUUCACUACCCCCUUGCAGAACGUUGUGAAGCGCAAGCAAACCGUGGCAAUCACAAGCCAGAUCCGUUCGAUUGAGCGCUCGCUGGGUGAUCAGCCAGUGCCUACGGCCAUGGAGAUCUUGAGGGAGAUCUAUUCUGAGAAGGGAAUCACCGGUCUCUGGACUGGAUACAGGUCUGCCUGCGUCUUGACGGUCAACCCAAGCAUAUCGUACUAUGCAUACGAGGUUCUGAAGUCGUUCGCCAUUCCCCAGGAUCGCCGCUCGAAUCCAACGUCCAAAGAGAUCUUCCUAUACUCCGCCCUUGCGAAAUCCCUUGCCACUGUUCUAACGUACCCCUUGAUUCUCACGAAGUCAAGGGCACAAGUAUCCAGCUCGAAGAACGCCAAUUCUGUGGCCAUGAUUCGCAAAGUCUUCAAGAGUGAGGGGCUUCAGGGGUUGUAUAAGGGCGUGGGACCGCAGGUUCUGAAGGGUUUCUUCCAGCAGGGACUUAUGAUGAUGAUCAAGGAUCGAGUCGGGUCUUUCAUCGUCGCGAUUUACCUUCUUUUGCGCCGCGUGCGUGGGCGUAACAUCGCCGAAACCGCUCAGAACCUUGCGUCCGAAGCUGCACAGAACAAGUCCGUUCAAGUUGCUCGUCAGAACGCAGAAGCAGUUGCCGCCAAAGCGAAGGAGGCGGGUCAGACUGUCGACCAAUAUCUCACCAACAGUGGCGCGAAGGAUAAGGCUGCAGAGCUUGCGGGUAAGGCGAAGGGCAGCAUCGACAGUGCGUACACUAAAGUCGCCGAGGUCGUGCGUGACGCUGAUAUCCCUUCUAAAGCACUCGAGGUGAAGGAGAAUGUUGCGAAAGCAUAUGCGGACUCUGGUGCCAAGGAGCUUGUGGGCCGCGCCGGUGCCAAAGCGGAUGAGAUGUUGGCAAAGACUGGCAUCAAGGAGCAAGCUGCGUCUCUUCAGGGGGUUGCUGGUACCAGGUGGAAGGAGAGCGGCGCUGGUGAGAAGGUUGGUCAGCUGUUGGAGAACGCGGCCAGGGCUGUCCCGGGGCGUGAGACCACUAAUCAGAACGAGGCUUAUGAGAAUGUCAAGGCUAUGGCGGGCGAGCUUGCGGAGAAGACGAAGGGUGCGGCUAGCGGGCUAACCCAACAGGUGGAGCUUCCGAAGGCGGAGAACGUCGGCAAGAUUGUGGAGACCGCUAAAGCUGGCGCACAAGGUGUUGCUUCCAAAGCGCAGGACUGUUCGGUUAAUGGUGCUGUCGGCGGUUCAUCCGCAAAGGAGGUAAGCGGUGUGGAGUGGACUGGUCAGCAGAAGAAGGGAUCAGAGGAGUAAGUCUUUCUUUUUGGUAAUGGCGCAACGGGCCGGGGUCUUGCAGCGCUUUUUGGACAAACGUGAGCGGAUGUACGAUAUUGAGG